UGGACGCAAAUCCCCCCAAACGACAACUUCACCACCGCCGGCUUCGGCGCCCGCACAAUCGACACAAGCGGGAGCCGCGUAACCUACCGCGGCAACAUCGGUGACCCAUGGGGCAGCAACAUAAUCAGGAUCCCGAGCACAUCAGCCUCGAACUACAAAUACGUACUCAAAAUGUCACGCGGCAGCGACAGCCCCAAGCCAUGGACAGUAAUCUUCUGGAACAAAGUCGGCCCCUCAGGCCAACUAGACGGAUGGUACGGACACUCAGCUCUAAAUUUCACACUGGAGGCACACGAGUCCGCAUACGUUGCGUUCGACGAGAACAGCCAAGGGGCAUGGGGCGCUGCAGAGGGCACCGAGCUGCCGAAAGACAAAUUCGGCGGGUAUAGCUGCACCUGGGGCGAGUUCGAUUUCGGAAACGCGGAGAACGGGGGGUGGAGCGGGUGGGAUGUUAGUGCGAUUCAGGCGCAGGAGGCGGGGCAGGUGGUUCAGGGGAUGAGGAUCUGUGAUCAUGCUGGGAAGAGGUGUAGUUAUGUUACUGAGGGGGCGAGGGAGGUGGUGAAUGCUUAUACGAGGGGGGAGAAGAAGGUGGAUGGGAUUGGGGGGAAUGGGCCUGGGGGGGCAGUUAGGUUGGAGGUGCUUGUUGAUUAUAGGGGUUGA